AUGGCUGACAACUCUAGUCGUAUUGUGAUUGCACUUAUUGUGCUAGUUGCAAUCAUUUUGGUUGGGAGAGUACUCUCCAAGCGUCAGAGACCAGCAGUUUUGAUCCCGGAUCAGUUUCAGGAAUUUCCCUUGAUCAUGAAGACCAAUCUCACUCAUAAUACUGCACUGUAUAGAUUCGGAUUGCCAGGUGCCGAUGAUGUCUUGGGUUUACCAAUUGGUCAACACAUUUCGAUCAGAGCUGAGAUCGAAGGUAAGGAAAUUCUGAGGUCAUAUACUCCUACUUCAUUGGAUACUGACGCUAAGGGUUGUUUUGAAUUGCUAGUCAAGACAUAUGAGAAAGGUAACAUUUCCAAAGUUAUUGGGGAAUUGAAUAUCGGGGACAAAAUUCAAGUUCGUGGUCCAAAAGGGUUCUAUCAAUACAUGCCCAACAUGUACACCCACAUUGGAAUGGUGGCUGGUGGUACUGGUAUCUCACCUAUGUACCAGAUCAUCAAGGCUAUCGCCACUAAUCCAGCGGAUAGAACUAAAGUGUUUCUCGUCUAUGGUAAUGUGACCGAGGAUGAUAUCUUAUUGAAAGCUGAAUUGGAUGCGAUUGUUCGUUCGAACCCAGCCCAGUUUAAGGUCCGCUAUUUGCUGGACAAACCACCAGCCGAUGAGUGGGAAGGCGGUGUAGGUUAUGUCACUGAGGAAGUUAUGAGAGAAUAUCUACCAAGUGCGAAGGAGCCCGCUGUUCAACUGUUGAUCUGUGGUCCUCGUCCAAUGGUCUCUUCUGUCAAGAAAACAGCCGUAACACUGGGCUUUGACAAAGCUAAACCAAUUUCAAAGAUGGGAGACCAAGUCUUUGUCUUUUAG